AUGUCGACGAGUCGCACUUUUCCUGCUGAUAUAGUUCAGCGUAUCUGCGAAAUCGUAUACCUGGACAGCGUGCCGCUGUGCUCAUUGCGACUCCUCGAUCCCCCCACGAUUCCAUCAGCAGCAUUCGAUGGUCAAAACGUUUCUACUUCUAUAUACGAGACGCAGCGUGUUCUUUAUGUUUUAUGCCUCGUAAACCAAACAUUUUAUCGCUAUGCCAAGCCGCUCAUAAGUCGCAGAAUUCAGUUCACACUUCCCUACCGAUUCAUGCUGCUUGUGGAUGAUGCACUCUCAUCGAGGCAAGCUACACUAUCGAAUAUCCGAUUGAUGGAUUUUUCUUCCUUCCGCGCAACAGGAUUGGGGCGCACGGUGGGUGAGAGCACAGAGAGACGCUUCGUCACGCCAGAGCGUUUGUACACAUUGAUCCAUGCUAGUGCCGGUCUUGUGGCUUUUGGCUCGAGUGAGACGAUGGACAGCGCUCUUUCCCUGCAAGUCUUGGAGGCCUUGUUAUUACGCGACGGCGGUCCAAGUCGACCAAGUCGUGUGCGCGAUGUGAGUACUGAGCGUGGCACCGGCCCAGUGCAUAACGCGUUACAGAGUUUGGAUCUGUGUGGCUGCAUUAGCCCUCGCUUCCUCGAGGCCAUGCGCGCUUUCGUUCACAAGUACUUGGAAUCUGUCCCAGCCAGCAGACCCAUGUAUGACCUUUUGGAAGAAGAGGAUGAUGAUGAUGAUGACCUGAACGUGGAGCGACGCGGCAGAUCGCGUUCCAUCGCCCAUUCCAAACGUACUUCGCGUGAUAUAUCUUCUCGGGUCCGCACACGAACGUUUCCGUCUAUGCAGCGACUUGGAUUAAAAGGUGUUUCUCUUCCACGAGAUCUGCUGGCGCCAUUUGUACUGGCGUUUCCCAACCUCCGACUUCUAGACUUGUCGGAAACACGCGUAGAUGCGCCCAUUUUGGAUGCCCUAGGUCAAUCUACCAUUCGAUUGGAGAGCCUGUCGCUUUCUCGAUGUCGAGCUAUUACAUCUGAAAGUUUGGUCAAACUUCUGGUGCAUUCACCUACCACAUUUCACCUAACUGAGCUUGCUAUCCAGGGUACACUAUUAUUCCCCACACCGGUGUCACCAGAAGACUUGUGCUUCAUUUUUUCGAAUGCACCAUGUAUGCGAAGCGGAGCCCUUCGAUACCUUGACUUGGGUGGUUGUGCGCUCACGAACGAAAGUCUUAGCCUUAUGCCGCCGCAACAUGCUUUACUAGACCUCGGUUUAGGCGCCAUUCCAGACAUUACACUCGGUGCGGUGUGCUCUUUUCUCUUGCGUACCGCUCCCAACGUACAGAUUCUUGACUUGUCACACAGCUGCACGGCGCAUGGACCCGUUCAUGCUGUGCACUUAUACCAUGACCUUUUGGCACCAUGCACGCAAAGACCGCCAGCGUUGGAAAUCGCCGAGCAGCUUCGAGCAUUAGGUAUUAAAAAGGACAACUCUGAACCUUGGCACCCUCCAACCAACCUUCGAGUUCUUGAACUGGGCUCCGCAGCUCUCGGCACUAUUCGUGGUGGUGUGGGUUCAUGGAAAGUGAUCUGGGGUGCUGGUAGGCGAGGCUGGGUUGUUGACACAGCGGCUGGACCUCACCCUCAAGCAUUUGACAUUCCAUUGCAGGAUGAAGACAGCGAUGACACUGAUCGAGGACGAGACAGGACAAUGAAGCAGCCCAUGGACUUACGCCGUAGUGGCUCUCAGCUUGGCCGCACUGUCUCUGGUAUUUCUCCUGGAGAAGAACAUCAGCAUCAUCGCCCGGUGCGCCGUAUCAAUCACACAAUAUCAAAUGCGCCUCAUAUGCCCAAUAUAAUCACUGUUCCCAGCACACCUUUCGAGACACGGUCUCGGUCAUUGUCUCUAUCUACUUCAAGGGAGCCGCCGCGGGCUCGGACUACUCGAAGCUCGGGUAUGGAGCCACCCAAAGUUGAAUUUCAAGUGCUUCGCAAUCUGCCUGCCGACCACCCUCGGCAUAGGGUCUUAGAUUAUUUGUCUAGCCAAAGUGGAAGUGUGCAAGGCUUUAUCGGGUGGCACAGUCAUAAGAUGGAAGUCCUGUUGGGCUACGGACUACUCGGUAGAGAGAUCGGCACUUAUGCGUGGUUCGCCUAUCAAGCUAGCUAA